AUGUCAUCUUUCAAGUUGCCCAAGGGUAUUAUUGGAGAUUUGGAGAAAUUGGCGGCUAAAUUUUGGUGGAGGAAAUCAUUUGAUUCUUUCAAUAUCCACUGGUUGAGCUGGAAGAGACUCACUUGCAGUGAGAGUUUAGGUGGCUUGGGUUUCAAGGAGCUGAAUUUGUUUAAUGCAGCGUUGCUAGCCAAACAAGCAUGGCAAGUUAUUAAGAAUCCUGAAGCUUUAUGGGUUAGAGUUCUUAAGGGCGUCUAUUUCUCUUUCUCGGAUUUUUUAAGGGCGUGUAAAGGGAAUAAUUGCUCAUGGGGUUGGAAGAGUUUACUGGAAGGCAGAGAAGCUUUGUCCAAGGGGCUUCGAUGGAAUGUUGUUGGUCCUUCUUUUCUUGACGCUUGGAAUGAGCCAUGGAUUCCUUCUUUGCCAUCUUUUAAAAUACAAAGUGCAAGGCCUCCAGAUAGUCCUGUGAUUUAUCUUGCGAACCUUAUCAACAGCGCCACUAGUGAUUGGGAUCAAGCAAUUCUAUAUGCCUCCUUCUCUCUGCAGGAAUGUGCAGCUAUCUUGAAAAUUCCCCUUAGUUCCAUCAACAGAGAACCAAAUCUGGUUUGGCAUUUCUCCCAAUCUGGAAUUCCCCCUGUCAAGUCUAUUUAUUUUAUUUUGAAGAAGGAUCUUUCAACAGCAGGCCCCUCAUCUUCUCAGGCAAUCUCUCCACAAAUGUGGAACUCUAUUGGAAGUUGA